AUGUCAGAGGCCUCUGAAUUAUCCAGCAAAUACAUUCUCCAGACCGUUGGGUUCGACGCUCGCUUCCCCAACCAGAAUCAGACUCGCAACUGCUUCCAGAACUAUGUCGAUUACUUCAAGUGUAUCAAUGCCAAGGGUGAGGACUACGCUCCUUGCCAGCAGUUCAAGAGGGUCUACCGUACUCUCUGCCCCAAUGAAUGGGUCGCCAAGUGGGACGACCAGCGCGAGAAUGGCAAUUUCCCCGCUUCCCUGGAGCCUUGA